AUGCUUCCCGGUUGGAUGUACAUGUAUAUGUCUGCCGUAGCAGAUGUCAACGCCAACCCGAAAAUGUUAAAUGGAAGCAGUCUUUACUUUGACACUAACUGCAGCUAUCCCAACUGGUUAGAGACUUUACCAUUCAACCACACCAUUCCACUUUUUGGGCCAAGCGCAUGGCGAUGGGAUGACUAUCGGGAUUCAGAGAACUAUCUUCGCGAAAUGACUUUACGCACGGUCAUGAUCAAAGAUGUUGGUGCUGGGACUGAAAAUUAUACAGAUCCCAAAUACAAGAUUAAUCCUUGGUUUAAACUCUACCCACUACCUGACUUUUCCGCUGCAAAAGAUUCCAUCACAAAGUUUACGUAUACGGUGGGAAUCCGUUAUUCAAACAAAACCGGUCAGUUUGCAAGUGAAGAGUACAUAACAAAUACUUUCUUUGGUCCUGGUCAGCCUGGACAGACAGCAGAUGACAUCGGACUUCCCGUUCUCUUUACACCGCCGUAUAUGGACUGUGGUAAAUCAAACCAAUGGAUAAUGUCGACUGUUUCUCCUGUAAUUGAUUACAUGUACAGAUAUAGCAAUUAUACGCAUUUACGCAGGCCAAGAAUAGUUGCUCUUUCGGUCAUGGAUAUUUAUUUUAAACGAAUUGAUUUCAAUUCUUGUCCAGUUAGCAUAGGCAACCCGGGGCCUAGUUAUCUGUCCGGUAUAUCUCGUUGCAAAACACGUACAACACAGUGCAAACACGUUCCUGGUUAUGGCUUCAAGCGUGGAGGCUAUAUUUGUCCCUGCCGUGCUGGUUUCCACUGCCCAAAAGAAAUCGAUCCGCCAUUUAAAGGGAAAAUAAUCGAACAGGCAACUGACGAAGAAUAUGCUAAAGGGUUUGAAUGUAUUCGAACAGACUUACAAACGGUGCUUCCCUCCAACAAGAAAUUAGAAGGAUUGAAUGAUGAUAUUAUCCAAGGUGUCCUCAGCAUUGCUACAUGGGACAGAACCAAAAGAUCUGUUGACGCUUAUAUGACCAAGCAUUUCCGGAGACGCUAUCUAAUGUCUCUUAAUGACACACAUACGGAGUUCCAGGCUCACGACACUGAAAGCAACAGUUUUGCGUUUGAUACGCAACGAUUUUUACAGAUGGCAUAUCAAAAACGGAAAAACAUCAACUCAAUCAGAAAAUUAAAGCUUCGUCACCGCCGUAGCUUAGUCGACGAGAAAGCAGUUGAUCGAAUACGUCAAAUCUUUGGAAGGGUCCAAAGUGUUUCACGAAAAAAUUGUGCGAAGAAAUCUAGCUGGCAUUUGCAAUUGCCCGGUGAUGUUGCUUAUGGCGUAGAAAAUCAGUUCGAGCCGCAAUCCAGGACAGCCCUACGACUUUCCCAUUUUUUGUGCAAUUACCUCCAAAAUGCUAACCCCUUGGAAACGUUCGGGAUUCACAGAGGCGGCAGACAUUUACAUCAGGGGCUUAUUUUUGGUGAAGUAUUGGCCAACGUGAUGGCUGAUUUUCGGAUCAUGUCUUCGGGAGUUUUCUAUGACCACAAUCUUUUUCUUGAUGAUAACGGCCACUACAAAGAACUAUUCGGACCGUGGGCCUAUCGUCAACAAGGUCGUUAUUUUGCUAUCGACCGAGCAGGAGAACCCGAGCAAUAUAUAUAUACAGACUGGUUUCAAAAGGCCAAGCAACGUUGGAGGACUAAUACGUCGGGUUUGAAGACCUAUUGGAUGAGGGCCCAUAUCCGAUCUGAUAUUAACGGGACAUCGAGCAUUCGUUUUGAUUAUUAUCCAAUGAGAUACAAAGCGCCAGUCAUGAGUGAUGGUUUCUGGACACGCCCUUAUUUUAGAUGCGAUGGAUAUGUCGAUAAGUGGGUCAUUACCUAUGUUGUACCUUUCUUUGGACUAGAUAAUCUCAAAAAAGCAAUCAAAUUCUACGGAGUGGUUACUGUGGAUGUUCCGUUGAGGCUUCUGAAAAUUAACCAAUGUCCUCAGCCCUUUUAUAUUGCGAAUGCCUUCAAGAACACUGCCCGGUGUCCAGAAACGAGUAAUUGUAAAUUGUUACACGAGUUUGGAUUUAGUCUUGGGGGUUAUAAAUGCACCUGUCGACAAGGAACCGAAUACAAGAUAAUCGACGGCAAAUAUUGGCUUGAAGGAGUCCUCUUGGAGGUGGAAUAUCUCAAGAAGAAACGCGGUAUGGCUAACAGGUUCGACACUCUUCGAUGCCGUAUUUCAGCUGCUCCACCAUCUUCAAAGUACAGCUUCUUCGUCGUCGCCAUUUUACUUCUUGUCGCACUCUACCUUCUCUACCGGCCUCCCAAGAAAAACAAACCCAUGGAGGCACCAUCUUCUUCACCCACCUCUCCGAAACCUAAUGGGGCAACAUCUUCUCUAUCCCCAAACCCUUCCCAAGAAAAGACAUCGGUUGAGACACCUUCUUCACCCUCCCAAAGUACCUCAGACUAA